AAAGGCUUUAAGCCCUCGAUACCCUUUAAUGACCUCCGGACGACCUCUCGACUUUUCUGCUGCCGCCACACUGUCCUCCAGCUGCCCUUCAAGCCGUAUAUCGCAUUUGUCAUGGCCCAGUCGCUCAGAGCAUCGCCUCCUCUGCCCGAGUGCAACGACGUGCUUCUGACGCGCGACACCCUCCUCAAUGUCCUGCACGACCUCUCCACCCGCCUUCUCCGCUACUUUGGCGCCCCUGUACGUCUCGUCGUGCACGGCGGUGCCGUCAUGGUCCUCCACCCGCAGCUCGCAUGCCGCGACUCGACCCGUGACGUCGACUACCUCCACCGCGCGUUCGAGACCGAGUGGAUGUCCCGCGGCGUGCUCGAUGCGGGCGCCCGCCUCCGAAAAUGCAUCCGCGGGACCGCGCGAGCCUUCAAGCUCGGCGCGGACUGGAUGAACGCCUGCGCGGACGUCGCGCUGCCCAUGUCUGUCGACUCUGUCUACCACAGGCCGUACGACCCCGUCUACGUCGAUGCGACGAGCGAGGACAACCUGCGCAUGAACACGAUCUUCACCGCGCCCGGGCUGGUGCUCAUCGGCGUGAGCUUCUCGUGGGCGGUCGCCCUCAAGCUCGUGCGCUACCAAAAGCACGACCCGCAGGACAUUGCGAACAUCCUGCGGCUCGGGCACCGGCUGCGCAAGGUGCACUGGACGCGCUCGCUGCUCGAGUCGUGGAUCAUGUCCAACUGCAGCCCGAUGUCGCCCAGCCUGUACUCCCCAUGGCAGGUCGAGGCGACGCGGCAGAAGAUGCGUCACGCGAUUGGCCUUGCGUUCCCCCAGCCUAAGCCGCAGCCCCAACCCGUCUUUCAACAGCCCGCGUUCACGCAACCCGUCUUCUCGCAGCCGUUCCCCCAGCCGCCGUUCCCCCAGCCCCAGGAUCACCCGGGCUUCCGCCGUCCCGUCGCAUGGGUUUAUUAGUGUGCUUAUGAGUCCCCCCGUCCUUCGUCCUUUAGAGUGCGUAUUCCUCGGUUGGUUGGUGGGUCCCCAGUCUGCUGUCUCUGCUUGCUGUAUCGUUAUGUCUCUUCGUUGCUUUCGGUUUCUGUGCUCUCAUCUCACCUGAUAUGUUUACUUCCCUGGAGGAACUCGGACUACUACUACCGGUAUCCAGCCCUUACAUUACUACGUUACUGCGUUUACAGCUUACUACGGACUUCUAUUUCGUACGCGUAGGCACCCUCACGACCCUCACGAUCCCCUCACGAAAAUGACGAGAUCAUUCAUAC